UCGAACAUAAUAUUCCUUGCUCUCGAAAGAGAGACCAGGAGACUGAUUUCCCGUACAGCAGUUGUUUUAUCGAAUAUUGAUCAGAGUCACCUCUCUCGUUUUUGACGAGUCUAGUCUUUCUAAAAUUGACGGUGUGUAUGAUAGACAAGCGGGACCUCGGCGAAAAAAAUUAUUCUGUCGUCUUUUCAUCAGGACUUCUUUGGACUCAUGCCACGAAUUACGUCGGGGAAAAAUACGCCACAUACUAAGAACAUUAGAGAAAAUGUAGCACGCUCAAUGAACUACGGGCCUUCUUCCCUAGCCUGCGAAGGGUGGAGAUAGAAACCCGCACGGAGCCCACACGGCACAAAAGUUUCCUAUCUCCAGUUUUCCCGACCGAGCUCAGUGGAACACAAGAAAAGAGAUGGCCCUCUCGGUGAAGGCAUAUUUGAACCCAGAAACCAAUCAGCAAGAAAUUCGUCGUUUUGCUAUCGACGAAGGUGCCUCGGCCAAUUUUGCCUAUUUGAGGCAGAAGAUCGAGCAGGUCUUUCCAUCCGUCAGGGGCAAGGUGUUCAAAUUGUUUUGGAAAGAUGCCGACAACGAGAUGAUAACAUUUUCGAGCGAUGAAGAGUUGGUGGAAGCAUUGGGAAGUAUCAGUGGCGAUGUGUUUCGUGUGUUUGUGAAAGGUGGUGAACCGGACGCCAGUAAUGAUGAGGACUCAGCUGAACAACAGGACUCUGACACAGCCCACCCUGGUGUGGUGUGCGAUGGUUGUGAGAAGCACAUCUUUGGGAUCCGGUUCAAGUGUGUGGUUUGCCCAGACUUUGACCUUUGCAUGACCUGUGAGACUAAAGGAAUGCAUAAGGAACAUGAGAUGCUACGUAUUGCAACACCAAGAACUCCUGGAGACAACUGGUUCCGUGGCUUCAACCCAUUUGGAUUUGGUCAUCCACCUCACCACCCCCCACAUGGUCACUCACCUCACCACCCCCCUCAUGGUCAUCCACCACACCACCCCCCUCAUGGUCCUCCUCCUCCUCAUGGAAUUCCUCCCUAUCAAUUUGACUUUGGACGUGGAUUUGGCCCGUGGGGACGUGGAUUUGGCCGCAGAGGGGGUCGUGGUCGUUGUGGCAAAGCCAGAGGCCGUUGCAACAGUGGUGGAAAGAAAUGUGAUCGCCAUACAGAGGCCAACACUGGAGAGGUUCCUGUUGGACCGCCCUUUCUUCAUGCCGUUGGAGAGACGAUUGCGUCAUUUCUUGGGCCUCUGGGUGUAGAGGUGCACACAUAUGCAAGUACUGAGGAAGAUUGUUGUCAAGGCAGAUGUCAGGAAAGUGACCAACAACCUACUGCAGAUACUGGUCCUGCUGAAGAAUUCACAGAACCAACAGUUAAUGAUGGCAUGAAUGAAAGUGCUCCAGGAAAUGUCACACAAACAAAUGAAAAAGAAACCUCUGCAAUGGAUGUCCAGCCUCCAGAGGAGUUUGUUUUGGUUGAUGAGAAUGCUGAGACACAAGAAGGAGCCUCUGGAACAGUUGAUGAAGAAGUCCCAUCUGACCCUCUGGAGGUAGCCAUAGCAAAGAUGCGUGCAAUGGGAUUUGAAGAUGACAGUGGCUGGCUGCGGCAAUUGAUAACUACCAAGGGUUAUGAUCUCAACAAAGUCCUUGAUGCCAUGCAGUUUGAGGGGAAGAAUUGAUGGACAUCUCACAGUGCAUCCUGCCUAAUAUGUAGCCAAUUGUUGUUGUUUUUUGUGUGGUAAUUUUUCAGUUUAAUUUAGCAUGUACUAAGUUUGUGGGAAUUGCUAACCAUUGGAAUCAUGCAUAUGAAAUGUCAACUGCAUAGAACUGUUUCAAAAAAAUUAGACAGAUCUGGUAUCUGGGAGCCUUCUGGAAACUAAAUGAUUGUAUAGCCAAAUGUAUUAAGUUUUAAUUUUUAAGUGAUAAUUACAGAAAUUUAGAAAAAAAUUUUCUGGUGCCUUUUGGAAUAGAGGCCUUUUCCUCUCAGGAUUUGUAAUUUCUUCUGCUGUAGUAACAUUGAGAGAAACAUGAAUAGGAGGAGAAAUACCUUCAAGACCAGUUGAAUGUUUUUGCCAUUCAAGAGGUUCAAUUUUUUUUUUUAGUGAAAAUUAUCUUUUUUUCUAGUUCCCUCAUAAGAUUACCAAAUAAUGUUUGUUACAGUUAAUUGCCAAGGGAGGAGGCAACUUCUUGCUACUUUGUCUAAAUCUGAAGUUGACAUUUCAUUUAUGGCCUUUCAUGCAUUCAAAAGGUGUUUUGGAUUUUGGAUUUUGAUGAGUUCAAUUCCAUUGUACAAAAGUUCCUUUGUUUUUAUUGGAGGUGAAUCAAAUUUUGAAGAGUGAAAAAAAAACCCAUUGUAGAAGGGUUCAAACUAUUUGAGUGAAGAUUUUGGUUGUGGUUAAUAAUUAUUCAAUGUGCUUGAUGGUUGUGUCAUGUAACUGAGCAGUAAUAGCAUUGUAACGAGCAGUGAUGUGAAAAUAAACUUCUUAAAUGAUGA